AUGUCGUCUUCGGAUGGGAGGAUAACACAAUUACACAUAUUUUCUUCUCCAGCCAAGAAAGCAGCGGGGCAGACCCCAUCGUCAACACAGAUUCAUCGUGCGCUGGCAGAGCGACGCAUCGUAAGACGCCUUUAUAGAAAAGAUGGGGAUCUCCCGCGCAUCGUGUUUUCAUCCGUGGACUGGCAUCGAGAUAUCGGGUAUGCCCUGCACUCGGGCAAAUGGGAGAAUGUUCGUCACCAACUUUCGCUUGUGGCGUCAUAUACGAGUACAGCAAUAGACCCCGACAAUGUAGACCGACGGAACGGCAAUAGAAAAAAGCCAUUUUGGCGUCGUCUAUCUUUGGGUGUGACCACUUCGCGCACUGAUUCCGGACGAGAUCCGUAUGGGCUCCUGCAAAUAGACCGAAUGGGUCAGACUCCGCUACAUCUGGCGUUGUCAUCCAGAAAUAGUCCGACUGAUGUUUUGAUGGCGCUUAUAAAAAUAGAGCGUAGAGCUGCAUCUAUUCGAAACUAUUCCGCGCGAGUCCCACUGUUCUACGCUGUCGUUUAUCGGCAUCAUAUCGAGACGGCAGCCGCCUUGGUGGACGCGUUCCCAGAGGCGAUGUCAUUGCGUGAUUCGAAAGGUUUAACGCCUCUUUCCUACGCCUUUGAGAUUGCCGAACAGGAGUCCGUUCUCUGCGACAUACCGCGAACCUACUGGAUGCCUGCAUCGGGCCAAAGCGAAGAAGCUGCUUGGCAGGAACUACAAGGCGAAAGAUGGAGCAUGGUGCGGCUACUACUAGCGUCGGCAACGUAUCCGCAAACAAACUUGUCGGUGGGCGGUAACACAUCCAUGUUGAUUGAUGCCAUGAUGCAUUCGGCUCCGCCUAUUGUGAUUUCCUUAUUAAUCGGAGCAUCCACAUCGCUCUUGUCUCAUGAAAAUAGAGCAACUGCGUUUGCUGCUUCGACCCUCUACACUGCAAUCACUCGACAUUAUCCGCUGUCGAUUCUUGUUAGUCUAGCAUCAAAAUGUCCCAAAGAUGUUCGAAGUGCAAGAGACGAGACGGGAAUGGGCCUACUGGCUGCUCAUUUCAUUUCUGCUUGCUUCGAGACAAAGCCCAAUACUUACGAAUGGGCGGUGUCACCAAGCUUCUUUUCUUCAAUUAGAGAGUGCAUUGUUGACCAAGAGAUGCAUGAGGAAGGUUCUGCUUUUGUCGAUUGGUGGAGAAAGGUCGAGUUUUUGAUUGCAUUCUGUGCUGGUGAGGACCCAUCUCGAUUCCCUAAAGACCUGCUUUUGCAUGCAGCAUUGACAAACUCCGACACCCCACCCGCAAUUAUUCGUGUUCUGCUUUCGGUGUAUACAUCGUCAGUAACUCUAUCUGAUCAUAGAAACCGAGGAGCGUUUCCAAUUCAUUUGGCAGCCAAGACACGUGAAUACAGUCCACGCAACUACGAGAGGCCAAUCCUGGAAAGCGAAUGUGUCCUCGAUAUGAUUGUAGCAGCCAAUCCCAAGGGUGCCUUUCGUCGCUGUGAACGCAGACUGCCACUGCACUUCGCGAUUGACUCAGGCAAAACGUGGACGUCGAUUGCGAAUUUGGUCAGUGCCAACAACGAUGCUUUAAAUAAGAAAGAUCCUGUAUCUGGCUUAUAUCCGUUUCAACAAGUCGCAUCGUACUCGAACAAAAGCCAGGCUGACACAUUCCGGGUCAUGUGUGUUACUCGCAACAAAUAUUCACACGCAGUCUGGAAGGGACUUUCAGAUAGGCAAAAGGACGCCGCAGUCGCUCGAGUUUUUGAAACGGAGGAUAGAAAUAGGCUUUGGACGAUAUUUGAGUGCCUUCGACGGCAAGUGAACGUGAUCGAUACCACCGAAUAUCAAAGGAGUCCUGUGGAUAUGGCUCAGGGGUGUUCCGGAGUGGGCUUGAUUGCUACGCAUUUCUUGUCGUGGUGCUACACGUUAAAUCAGAGCCAGGAACAUUGGCGCGCGAACAUCGAGAACGUAGAGACUCUUCGGAGAGCAGAGCAGUUGCUGUUGUCUGGCGGAAAUCUAGAGGGCAUGACAUCUGACUUUUUGAAUUGGCUCAGUAAGCUCCGAUUUUGCAUUGAAAAUAGUUCUCAAUCGAGCUCGCGGCAGCGUCACUUACCAAUACAACGAGAAGAGGACAAAUUCCUUUUGCAUAACGCCCUUUCCAACCCUGGAACACCCCCACAAAUCAUACGGUUCUUGCUGUCAUUGUCCCCCGAUUCCAUUUUCAUUCCGCUCCCUGGUACUGAUAGUCUGCCUUUGCACAUAAUUUGCCAGACAAUACCUUACACGGCUAUGAGAUUCGAACCCAUACACAUCGGAUCGAUGAAACUUGUCUUGGACGCGAACCCCGAAGUUGUCAACGUUUCAUCGAGAGGCCAACUCCCACUGCACAUAGCCAUUCUUGCAGGAAAGACUUGGGAGGACUUAAAGCCUUUAGUUUUCACACACACUGGUGCUUUACAGGUUAAAGAUGCCGAAAGAAAUCUCUACCCGUUUCAGCUCAUGGCUGUGGAACGCUCGUAUUCCGUCGAUCUACGUCUUCAUUUGCAGUACAAAGCUCGAAACGCCUUCAAGACCUCAACCUGGAAUCAGCUCUCUCCACUCGAUCAGAUUAAAAUGUUCCGUCGCGUUCAGCGUGAAUACCAAUUAAAUGUGUUAUCGUCUGUAUUUGAGCUACUGCGAACUGAUUCCUCAGUGCUUGAACACUCUGGCUCUGCUAUUGAGUGGUCGAAGCUGAAGGACUUACCAAAAGAAAUCGAAGGCCAAGAUGCUGACGAACCAAACAGAGAAACCAGUGACGCCACUGACUGUGAACAACUCGAGUCGUUUUUCACUUGCAAAGGAGACAGUAUGUCAAGCAGAACUGUCGUUGGUUUGACAACCAAUAUAAAGGACCAAGACUCUGACAUUUAUCUAGGAGAAUCAGGGCUCAAGACCUUUCUUUCAAAACAAAGCUCAAGGCACACACAUGCCGAUCAAUUUAAAUGCGAAGUGUCAGUCCUUUCAAUCGUUGACGUGAUGUCAAUUGUUUCUACAUUGGCCCAAGUAGAUUCAAAACAUUUACAAAAGAGAAAGAGAAACGGCGAUGUCAGAGUCGAGUUAUCACAGAGGGACGAUUCAGAGAGCAGCUAUGAGUUUGCGGAAGAUUUGAUUGAAAUCGAUGCUACACUUCAUAACACAGCUCCGGAGAAUUCGACAGGAGGCAUUGUCGCCGAGAAGGAAGAUAAAGAGGCUCUGUUGCACGACAACGAAAGUGAACACGGCCGCGACGGAAAUCCGAUUCAGGAGAAGAAGACUUUUUUUCAGUUGCGACGAAAGGCAAGAAACUUUUCUAGAAAGGAGUGCGAACACCCUACUCAAGCCCGCUCCGUACGGAAGAGAGGUGAUCCAAUAUUGAUGAGUUCUUCCUUCUCAAAUGGUAGUGCCUCAGUAUCGUCUCCAAUGCUAAGAGAGGCACUGGAGCGAUCGAGACGACAUUCACGACAACAAAUGAAAGCUCCACCACAGGGCCUGAGAUGUUUGAAAAGCGACGAAAAAGAGAUAUUUCCGUUGAAGGAAAUGACGAGAAAUGUUGACUCGAUGCAGGUAGGAAACGGACGCUACGGAAGUCUGAUGCUCGGAAAUCUAGACCAGUCUUCGGACUGCGAAGAACAAGAAAUUAUGGUUCUUGGAGACUCUCUCCAAAUAAGCAUGGAGCUAUCGCCCCCGUCUUCUGCGGUUCGAAAAUGUUUUAGCCUACCGGAAGAGUCUGCACAUUCAAUGACUGAAGUAUCAGCAAUAGAAGAGGACAUUAGAAGCAUAGAGAUGAUGUGGAUACACAGAGGAGAGUCUGUCACUGCGCGCAAAGGAAAGCGACCUACUCAGUCGCUUCGUAAGGUCAUUGUAGGAGAGAAACCCAUUGCGACCAAUAUUUCGCCCUUUUUGCGAGCAGAAGAGAAUUUGACUACAAAUCGGAGUUCCCCUUCUAACCUGGAACGAUUUCUGGAGCAGGAAAGAUGCAAAAGGACAUUCCAGAAAACAAUUCCAGAACCAGGGCAAAGUAGACUCGAGCUCCCAGUACCUACUCCAGGAAGGGACAUGGAUGUUUUUUCGAGCUCAGGACGCGAAUUGUCUGAAUCAGAUGCGAAAGAACAGUUUUAUUUUGAUUUUGCGAAGAUGCGAUGGGAAAAGCGAUCCAAAAAGUUGCAGUUUGCGCAUGGAGAAGAUAUCGGUAGCACUCUAGCUGCAUGUUCUUCAGUCAAGGCUGUACCAUUCUUUGAUAGAGAGUCUAUGCGCUGGAGGACAGUAUCGGAACAGAUAGAUUCUUUUUCAAUAUUGAAAGGAAAACAGUCUCUAAGACAAAGUCGAGAGCAGAGAAAAGAAGCGGGCUUUGACAAACACAGUAUGAAGUGGUUUUUCAAAGAAAAGUGCGAAGACAGCUUCGGGGUACAUAUCCAUUAAAAUUACAGGAAGAAUCAAGAACAUAGUAACUCAGGCAAAAAAGAAAUAUCGCCUUU